GCUAAAGUGUUUGUGUCAAACUUGGAGGCUGAUGUCACCAAUAUUUAUCACAAAUAUUUGAAGAAAGUCAUUCCAAUGAGUCCAUUGACUGAUGAGGAAGAGCAUGAUUUCAAUAUUGCCGCCACAUGUGGUAUAUGUGGAGAACCAUUUGGUGAUGGUGAUAUUAAGGUGCGUGACCACUGCCAUCUAACGGGGAAAAAAAGAAAUGGAGCUGCACAUAGUAUUUGUAACCUCAAUUUCAAAUUGCCCAACUUUAUACCCAUAAUUUUUCAUAAUCUCAGUGGGUAUGACUGUCAUUUGUUCAUAAAAGAGUUAUGCACAAACAAAACAAAAGUUGAUGUCAUUGCUCAAACUAAAGAAAAGUAUGUUUCCUUCACGAAACAUAUAAUUAUGGAGAGAAUAGUAGAUCACAAUGGAGUGACGAAAAAUAAGUUUUUGAAAUUAAGGUUCAUCGAUAGUUUUAAAUUUAUGGCUGCUUCCCUUCAAGAGUUAGGUGACAAUUUAGAUGAAAAACAUUUU